CCAUCAGUGUCUAUGUCUAUGUGCACUUCAAUUUCUAGUGUUCAACAGGAUCCACUGAUAUCAUACUCCAAGACUCUGCAUGACUAUACUCUUGAAUUGUGGACGGAGUCCAGGAGAGUUGCAGAAGAGAAAGCAAGACGCAAACUGGCUCGAACGGAGGAAGAGGCACGAAAACAACCUCGCAACUCACCCACCACUCAGCGACCCUAUGGUCCUUGA